CUUCUCGCAGUGUUUCUUUCUCUAUCUCUACCGUCACUGUUACUCCAAUCACCAUGUCGCUCUCCAACAAGCUCGCCAUCACCGAUGUCGACCUCAAGGACAAGAGGGUCCUGAUCCGCGUCGACUUCAACGUCCCCAUGGACGGCGACAAGAUCACCAACCCUCAGCGAAUUACCGCGGCACUUCCCACCAUCAAGCAUGCCAUUGAGAAGCAGGCCAAGACGAUCGUCCUCAUGUCGCACCUCGGUCGCCCUGACGGCCAGCCCGUGGCCAAGUACUCGCUCAAGCCCGUGGCCGCCAAGGUGUCUGAGCUGCUCGGCAAGAAGGUCGAGUUCCUCGACGACUGCGUCGGACCCAAGACCGAGGAGGCCGUGAACAGCGCCUCGCCCGGCAGCAUCUUCCUCCUCGAGAACCUGCGCUUCCACGUCGAGGAGGAGGGCAAGGGCAAGGACGCGUCUGGCGAGAAGGUCAAGGCCGACAAGGCCAAGGUCGACGAGUUCCGCGCCUCGCUGACGAAGCUCGCCGACGUGUACAUCAACGACGCCUUCGGCACGGCCCACCGAGCCCACUCGAGCAUGGUCGGCGUCGAGCUGCCGCAGCGUGCGUCUGGGUUCCUAAUGAAGAAGGAGCUCGAGUUCUUUGCAAAGGCGCUCGAGAGCCCAGAGAGGCCGUUCUUGGCCAUCCUGGGUGGUGCCAAGGUCUCGGACAAGAUCCAGCUCAUCGAAAACAUGCUCGACAAGGUCAACAAGCUCAUCAUCUGCGGUGGCAUGGCCUUCACCUUCAAGAAGACGAUCGAGGGCGUCAAGAUUGGCAACUCGCUCUUUGACGAGGAGGGCAGCAAGAAGGCAGCUGCACUGCUCGAGAAGGCAAAGAAGAACAACGUCGAGGUUGUCCUGCCCGUCGACUACGUCACUGCCGACAAGUUUGACAAGGACGCCAAGGUGGGCCAGGCAACCGACGAGGAGGGUAUCCCCGACGGCUGGAUGGGCCUCGACGCCGGCCCCAAGUCACAAGAGCUGUUCCAGAAGACCAUCGAGAGCAGCAAGACGAUCCUUUGGAACGGCCCUGCGGGCGUCUUUGAGUUUGACAACUUUGCAGGAGGGUCAAAGGCCAUGCUCGACGCAUGUGUCGCCGCUGAGAAGAAGGGCUCCACCGUUAUUGUCGGCGGUGGCGACACGGCCACCGUCGUCGCCAAGUACGGUGCAGAGGACGGCCUCUCGCACGUCUCCACCGGCGGUGGCGCCAGCCUGGAGCUUCUCGAGGGCAAGGUUCUGCCCGGCGUCGACGCUCUUAGCGAGAAGAAGUAGAGAGAGGCUUGUCAGCACAUAUUAUAAAGCCAGAAGAGAAGAAUGAGAUCGAAGGUUUCAAUCUCGCUUGCGCCCGUCAGACACGCCUUUUAUGCUGUUCAUGCGCCACAAAUCUCCCCCCUUUUCUCCUUUCGAAGGAAAAAAGAACAAGGUAGAGGAGCGUGCUUCCUAGACUGCGCCUUGCAAUGCCCUGCCACGCCAUGGGAGCUUGAGAGGCUCGAAUGACUUGACUAGCUGAAGGGCCGCCUAUAGUUCUUUUUCAUCGUCACUCAGGCAUUGCACCUCGAUGCUGUGGUACUCACCCUUUCUCAUCCCCUCUCCGCCUGUUUCUGAC